CCCCCAAAGUCCCCUUAAGACGAUCUGGUUGAUCCGUUCUCCCAUCCCAAAAGCUGCACACCCAAGCACAUGCUUCCCGCCGAAAUUGCAUCCUCUAGCUCACCAUGACGUCUCCUCCUGGGCCCGGAUUCCCAUCUCGACCCGGAGCCCAUCCCCAUCCGAUCAGUGCACACAGAAUGGAUGACUCUAAAGACGAUCCCCCGUCUUGCUCCACCGCACCGCACAGUGCGCGCCUUCAUUGCAGUCUCGGAGAGUUUGAGACGGGGAUGAUGCUUGCCGACUUGCAUACGAACAAGAGCACCGUGCUUCGACUUCACGCUCGGAAGCUAGGACCAGACCGGAUGGCAAGAGAGAAGGUUAACGUUGCGAUCAAUGCACAACUCACCAUACCUCAAGUAUCUGGAUUCUGCCAUCUUGACAAACGAUUAACGGGCAUAAGGUCGUGGCUGAUACCGGGCAGAUGAUGCUGGUGGUAGGUAGAAAGGACACGACCGGUGUAAACGACCCCUCCUUGUGAAACCUGGAAAUAAGGUCUUCCGUGAAACAGCUGAAUCCCUAGAAAGGGCUCAUUCAACUGUCUCUCGCCUGCAUGUAGACGUAGAGUAACUAGACCCAACAUCGCCGGAAGCACCACAUCUUAUCAAUGCUCCAAGG